AGCAACGCCAACGAGUUCAAUUUUGUUUAAAUUGUGCGUUGUGAACAGUGUAGUUAUAACAGUUGCCGGCAAUUCAUUGCAAAAUUGUACUAUACUAUAAUAAAUAUCCAUUAAGAAACUUUGAGCAGCUGUUCUCAAAAAAGGGAGAGGCUGAAGCACAGCCAAAGAUUAAUAUGCAAUUUACGGAACCAAUUGGGUUCGAGGCGUUUUUGUUUACGGAACGAUUUACGGAACCACGUGAAGUCAGUGCUGCAAAUUGUGGUGAGAAAACAUUAUUGGCGGUUUGCUCAUGGAGGAAUCCCAAGUUCCUGCAAUUUAACAAAGAUGAGGAUAAGUGGCAGGAAUAUGCGAGUAUAAAUUACGACCACGUGGGUUAUAGAACCAUUUUGAAGGAUGAUAAUAUAUUAUUUUUUGGCGGUAAGAAAGGUAAUAACGCACUCAACAUCGUCCACAGCUGGAAUAUACGGAAUAAGACAUGGCAAAAUUUGCCCCCCAUGAACCAAGCCAGAUACCAGCCCUGUGUUUUCGAAUUAGAUGAUAAAAUCUAUGCGAUUGGUGGUUUUGAUGGUAAAAACGUUCUGUCGUCGGUGGAAAGAUAUACGACUUCCGAUGGUUGGAAGUUCAUGAGAAACUUGAUUGUUGGACGACAGGACGCCAGUGCAGUGGGGUUGAAUGGUAAAAUUUACAUAUUUGGCGGUAGAAGUGAUCGUAAGGCCUUAAAAUCCGUCGAAUGCUACAACCCGAAUUCGUAUACUUGGACUUCUUGCGCAGAUAUGACAGACUAUCACCAUUUACCUGCUGUAGCUGCACAUAAAGGUCACAUCUAUGUUAUAGGUGAUUAUUUUGAUAGCAGAGCUGUUGAACGUUACGAUCCUCAACGAGACACAUGGUCUAAGAUUUGCUCUCUGAAUGCUGGCGGUGGUUUUAUGGCUUCCGUAUCGCUAGACAAUAAGCUAUGGGCCAUUGGUGGCACCUCUGCUGGCAAGACACUUGUAUCAGUCUAUGACGAGGAAAAUGACCGUUGGGGACAAAAGUUCUCAAUUCCUGAAACCAAUAUUUGUUCUUGUCUUGUUGUGCCUGUUGCCUUACUGACGUCGAAUGAAUAACAAUAUUAAUAAAUAUUUGUUUUUGUAAUAAAUUCUCUGCUAAUAAAAACCAAAAUAUCUGAUUUUUUAGCUUUGGAAAA